GUGUGACCAACUUAAGGUCGGUACCAACCUAUAACACAACGUGUCUGAACAUUACAUGGACCAUAGCCUGGUUGAAAGAGUGAAACUAUGGUCGACUGUUGCACUCAACAACCCGAGCAUCAUCGCAACAAAACUGUAACAGCUGACUCUUGAAUAAAAUUUUUCUUUAUGUGAAUCUUUAAAAGAAGUACAAUUCCUAUUCAAUGUUACCUCGUCACGCCGCACUGGCACUGGCACUGGCAGUUUGUGAAAUAUUCACUUCAAAUAAACACGGUCUUCAUAUACAGUCUACAGCCACAUAGACACCAUUUGGUUUGGCGCGACCAUCUACUGGACUGGACACACGUUGACAAUAAAUGAAUAGAUAACAACUUAGAACAAAAACAAGUUUUAAUUUGACCCGGCUUAAACGACCCAUUUGCCUUUCUUAAAGGUAUGAACAUCGGAUAUUCGGAUAAAGCCUAUUUUUAAUCUCACAUUGAAGUGGAAAAACACAAAUUUGUACCAAGAUGUAUGGACCAGGCCACCCGAAACUUCGAUUUUUCUAUGUUGUGUGGGGUUUCCUGGAAUGUAUUGGCUACGGCGGUCUAGUGUUAGGAUGGAGUUCAUUUGUUUACGUUCUGAAGGAUGAAGGGCUUUAUAUGGAUUUAUGUGGGAAUCUCACGGACAGUUUACAAAAUGACACGCAAAUUAAGUAUGUUCUUUACUGACACUUGUUUAUUUAUAUACAGAAAUUACAUUAAUUUUUAUAUUACAAAAUGCUGCAGAAAUUUAAUCUAAAAAAAAUAAUGUGCAAAUGUUUAUGUAUUGAAUGUUAAAGAUAUAAUCUAGAACAUUUAAGUUUAUUUUAAGCAAAUGUUUAAUGUAUGGGAAAUGAAGGAGUCGAGAAAAACUGUAUCAUGUUUAAUUGAUGAUACGACACAGUCAUCAGACAACUAGCACGCAAUGAUGAUACGACACAGUCAUCAGACAACUAGCAAUGAUGAUACGACACAGUCAUCAGACAACUAGCAUGCAAUGAUGAUACCACACAGUCAUCAGACAACUAGCAAUGAUGAUACGACACAGUCAUCAGACAACUAGCACGCAAUGAUGAUACGACACAGUCAUCAGACAACUAGCAAGCAAUGAUGAUACGACACAGUCAUCAGACAACUAGCAAGCAAUGAUGAUACGACACAGUCAUCAGACAACUAGCAUGCAAUGAUGAUACGACACAGUCAUCAGACAACUAGCAAGCAAUGAUGAUACGACACAGUCAUCAGACAACUAGCAAGCAAUGAUGAUACGACACAGUCAUCAGACAACUAGCAUUGAUGAUACGACACAGUCAUCAGACAACUAGCAAGCAAUGAUGAUACGACACAGUCAUCAGACAACUAGCACGCAAUGAUGAUACGACACAGUCAUCAGACAACUAGCACGCAAUGAUGAUACGACACAGUCAUCAGACAACUAGCAUUGAUGAUAGGACACAGUCAUCAGACAACUAGCAUUGAUGAUACGACACAGUCAUCAGACAACUAGCAUUGAUGAUAGGACACAGUCAUCAGACAACUAGCACGCAAUGAUGAUACGACACAGUCAUCAGACAACUAGCAUGCAAUGAUGAUACGACACAGUCAUCAGACAACUAGCACGCAAUGAUGAUACGACACAGUCAUCAGACAACUAGCAUGCAAUGAUGAUACGACACAGUCAUCAGACAACUAGCAUUGAUGAUAGGACACAGUCAUCAGACAACUAGCAUUGAUGAUACGACACAGUCAUCAGACAACUAGCACGCAAUGAUGAUACGACACAGUCAUCAGACAACUAGCAUGCAAUGAUGAUACGACACAGUCAUCAGACAACUAGCAUUGAUGAUACGACACAGUCAUCAGACAACUAGCAAGCAAUGAUGAUACGACACAGUCAUCAGACAACUAGCACGCAAUGAUGAUACGACACAGUCAUCAGACAACUAGCAUUGAUGAUAGGACACAGUCAUCAGACAACUAGCAUUGAUGAUACGACACAGUCAUCAGACAACUAGCAAGCAAUGAUGAUACGACACAGUCAUCAGACAACUAGCAUUGAUGAUACGACACAGUCAUCAGACAACUAGCAUUGAUGAUAGGACACAGUCAUCAGACAACUAGCAUGCAAUGAUGAUACGACACAGUCAUCAGACAACUAGCACGCAAUGAUGAUACGACACGGUCAUCAGACAACUAGCAUGCAAUGAUGAUACGACACAGUCAUCAGACAACUAGCAUUGAUGAUAGGACACAGUCAUCAGACAACUAGCAUGCAAUGAUGAUACGACACAGUCAUCAGACAACUAGCAUGCAAUGAUGAUACGACACGGUCAUCAGACAACUAGCAUUGAUGAUACGACACAGUCAUCAGACAACUAGCAUGCAAUGAUGAUACGACACGGUCAUCAGACAACUAGCAUGCAAUGAUGAUACGACACGGUCAUCAGACAACUAGCAUGCAAUGAUGAUACGACACGGUCAUCAGACAACUAGCAUUGAUGAUAGGACACAGUCAUCAGACAACUAGCAUGCAAUGAUGAUACGACACAGUCAUCAGACAACUAGCAUGCAAUGAUGAUACGACACAGUCAUCAGACAACUAGCAUUGAUGAUAGGACACAGUCAUCAGACAACUAGCACGCAAUGAUGAUACGACACGGUCAUCAGACAACUAGCAUUGAUGAUAGGACACAGUCAUCAGACAACUAGCAAGCAAUGAUGAUACGACACGGUCAUCCGACAACUAGCAUUGAUGAUAGGACACAGUCAUCAGACAACUAGCAUGCAAUGAUGAUACGACAUAGUCAUCAGACAACUAGCAUGCAAUGAUAACACGACACAGUCGUCAGACAACUAGCAUGCAAUGAUGAUACGACACAGUCAUCAGACAACUAGCAUGCAAUGAUGAUACGACACAGUCAUCAGACAACUAGCAUGCAAUGAUAACACGACACAGUCGUCAGACAACUAGCAUGCAAUGAUGAUACGACACAGUCAUCAGACAACAUGCACGCAAUGAUGAUACGACACAAUCAUCAGACAACUAGCAUGCAAUGAUAACACGACACAGUCAUCAGACAAUUAGCAAUGAUGAUACGACACAGUCAAUAGACAACUAGGAUGCAAUGAGACUUCUUGUAUACUUUCUUACUGAAUGAAAAUUAGAUACACAUUCAUUUGGCUUGUUGCUAACGGUACAAACGUGUUUGGUAAAUGUGUGCAUCAUUUUGUAGAAAAUCUUCCAUUUCAUUCUUUUUAUUACUUUUUAUGUAACUUAACCAGUUUUGAAAUAUUUAAUUUUUUGAGCCUCAUGAGCGUAAACGUAUAUUAUAGCGUAUAAAUUUCAACUGUCUGGCUACUUAGAGACCGUCCACAUAUUAUAUAAAACCGAACGGUAAAGGGGUGGUUUGUCAUUUUGUGACAUUGUAUUUAUUGGGGUGGGGUGCUAGAGAGCAAUGUAAUUUAACAACUCUUUUAAUUUGUUCUUUCUAUUAAUACUUAUAUUUGCAAAAUAUCUGCUUUUCAAUUCUUUCCGGUUUAAUUGGGUAUGAGUGGGGGUUGUAGGGAUGUGCUAGAAAUGUUAUUUAAGUAAAUGGUACUUGUCAAUUCUGUAACAUUAUAAGGGGCAGGGCGAGUCAAACAUAUCGAUGCUACAUGAUGUGUGUACGACCCCUUGGUCUACGCUCUACAAAUGUAAGUUCUCUUCUUCUGGCCGUACAAAUGUAGUUCUCUUCUUCUGGCUGUACAAAUGUAGUUCUCUUCUUCUGGUCCUACAAAUGUAAGUUCUCUUCUUCUGGCCGUACAAAUGUAGUUCUCUUCUUCUGGCUGUACACAUGUAAGUUCUCUUCUUCUGGCCGUACAAAUGUAGUUCUCUUCUUCUGACUGUACAAAUGUAAGUUCUCUUCUUCUGGCCGUACAAAUGUAGUUCUCUUCUUCUGGCCGUACAAAUGUAAGUUCUCUUCUUCUGGCCGUACAAAUGUAGUUCUCUUCUUCUGGCUAUACAAAUGUAAGUUCUCUUCUUCUGGCUGUACAAAUGUAAGUUUUCUUCUUCUGGCCGUACAAAUGUAAGUUCUCUUCUUCUGGCCGUACAAAUAUAAGUUCUCUUCUUCUGGCCGUACAAAUGUAAGUUCUCUUCUUCUGCUGUAGAAAUGUAAGUUCUCUUCUUCUGGUCGUACAAAUGUAAGUUCUCUUCUUCUGGCUGUAGAAAUGUAAGUGCUCUUCUUCUGGCUGUAGAAAUGUAAGUUCUCUUCUUCUGGCUGUAGAAAUGUAAGUUCUCUUCUUCUGGUCGUACAAAUGUAAGUUCUCUUCUUCUGGCUGUAGAAAUGUAAGUUCUCUUCUUCUGGCUGUAGAAAUGUAAGUUCUCUUCUUCUGGCUGUAGAAAUGUAAGUUCUCUUCUUCUGGCUGUAGAAAUGUAAGUUCUUUUCUUCUGGCUGUAGAAAUGUAAAUUCUCUUCUUCUGGCUGUAGAAAUGUAAGUUCUCUUCUUCUGGAUGUAUAAAUGUAAGUUCUCUUCUUCUGGCUGUAGAAAUGUAAGUUCUCUUCUUCUGAACUAAGUUUAUGAAUGCCCCACAGAAAUGCGACAGAGCAGAAAGACAGCUGCCCCGACCGAGACUCACGUCUGGAGUUGGUGUUUACGAUAGGGUCGUCAAGUAUUGGCGUCGGCAGUUUUGUGCUCGGUCAGAUCAACUUCAGGUUUGGUACCCGCGUCAUGAGAAUAGUCGCAGCGUAAGUGAAUCUUCGACAUAAGAUAUAAUUGGUGAAUACAAAAUUAGUAAUUUGUUUUAUAGGAUCAUUUCUGUAACGAAAUAUUUCACAAUUUGCAUUUUCUUAAACUGCAUUACGCAAAGAAAGACUGUGCAGAAGUGUAGGUCAGCACUUUAUGUAGCACUCUAUGUAGCUCUCUAUGCAUAACUCUAUGUAGAACUCUACGUAGUCAAAGGAUUCUAAUUGAAGGUAGACGAAAUUUAAAUAUUCUUUCAUUUUUAUUAAUUUUAAAAAUAUUUGUCUGCACAUUCUUUAUUGUAUAAUGCAAGUUAAAAAACGAAUUAAAACGCACUGAGAAGUAGAGACGAUUUGAACAUUCUUAAAAUGCAUGACGCCGCUCUGAAGAAAGGCUUAGGAAAUGCGUACAUGAAAAAUACGUUAACUUAAACGUAAAUCAAAAUUAUUGCAUCUUGGCCAAACUGAAUCAACAUUCCCUUCAUAAUCCCUCUUUAACAUAUCAGUGGAUUUAAAACUUUUUAUUAUAUACUAUUUUCUUUUCUAAUUCUUUUUUGUUGUAAAUUGCAAUCCGUAAAUUAUUGACAGAAGUAGAAUUAUUUACUGUUUAAAACAUCGAAUGCUGACAAAGUCCAGGUUGAAGUGACUUGAGGCUUUAAUUAGGCAUAUUUUUAAAAAAAUAAAGAUCUGAACUCAUUUCUCCAUCCAUUUUCUCAACCGCGAGGCAGUCGCGAUCAACAAGAUAAUUUAAGCGACAGUUUCAACCCGCCUCCUUCUUACAAAUAUUGAUUUCCAGUCGUUCACCAAGUGAACACUGUGCGAGAAAUCUUUCAAUGUCACGUGUGUAAAAAAACAAUAAAACGCUCCGUUCACACACUGGAAAAGCGAGUAGAGAUAAUGUCUUUAGGAAAAGGUUUAGUUGAGGUGGCUAUCCUUUUAUUCUACUGUCAAUAAUAUAACACAAUCUUAAUAUUCUUUUCAGCAUUGUGUUCAUGGCUGGUUCAUUGCUUACAGCGUUUACAACGAAUGGUAGGUUACACAACUGUAUAAUGAAGGCUGGUUUAUCAAUAGUAAAUUUUGGUGUAAUUUUAUUGUUAGUGUUGAAUAAAUUGAAUAUAUGAAACGAUAUUGAAUUUGUGUAAAAGCCGAUCUGCUACUAUUAGCCUUCGAUUGGGCACAAAUAGAGGAUAGCAUGUAAGCUAUUAUUUAGUGGCGUAGCAAAAGUGAGAGCGGCUCAAUUUUCGCAGCCCCUUUUCUACAAAAAAAAAAAUGCAGUUAGCCAUUCCUCCAUAAAAUGAAAAACUGCCUCCUAGUGCGGACCGCAACCUCCUCAUCCUCCUUCCUAUGACCCUGCUAAUAUGGCUUGUUGAAAUAAGUAUGUGCAAACUUUCCAAUAGUCUUUAAAAGAAAUGGAAUUGAAAGUAUUUCCUGUUCAAGCUGUUUUAAUGAGGUGUAUUCAAUUGUUUUCAAGAUGUUUACAACUUCUUUGAAGACAAAAAACAACACACAGAAAUUGAUCUGCUUCUUGAUAAUUUUAGAGCAACCAUUUCUUACUUUGAACUAUAAAAGUAGAUAGUAUCGAGCUAGAGGGUGUCAAGCCAGAGGGUGUCGAGCUAGAAGGUGUCGAGAUAGAGGGUGUCGAGCUAGAAGGUGUCGAGAUAGAGAGUGACGAGAUAGAGGGUGUCGAGCUAGAAGGUGUCGAGCUAGAAGGUGUAGAGCUAGAAGUUGUCGAGCUAGAGGGUGUCGAGAUAGAGGGUGUCGAGCUAGAGGGUGUCAAGCUAGAAGGUGUCGAGAUAGAGAGUGUCGAUCUAGAAGGUCUCGAGAUAGAGUUUGUCGAGCCAGAAGGUGUCGAGCUAGAAGGUUUCGAGCUAGAAGGUGUCGAGCUAAAAGGUGUCGAGCUAGGUUUUGAGCUAGAUGGUGUCGAGCUAGAGGGUGUCGAGAUAGAGGGUGUCGAGAUAGAGGGUGUGGAGAUAGUGUGUCGAGAAAGAAGGUGUCGAGUUAGAGGGUGUCGAUCAUGAAGGUGUCGAGCUAGAAGGUGUCGAGGUAGAAGGUGUCGAGCUAGAGGGUGUCGAGAUAGAGGGUGUCGAGAUAGUGUGUCGAGCUAGAAGGUGUCGAGAAAGAAGUUGUCGAGUUACAGGGUGUCGAGCUAGAAGGUUUUGAGCUAGAAGGUGUUGAUAGAGGGUGUCGAGCUAGAAGGUGUCCAGCUAGAAGGUGUCGAGCUAGAGGUUGUCGAGCUAGAGGGUGUCGAGAUAGAGGGUGUCGAGAUAGAGGGUGUCAAGCUAGAGGGUGUUGAGGUAGAAGGUGUCGAGCUAGAGGGUGUCGAGCUAGAAGGUGUCGAGCUAAAGGGUGUCGAGCUAGAGGGUCUCGAGCGGUUGCAAAAGUUUAAAACAAUCCUUUCAUUUAACCUGUAUAAUUUGACACCACAGAAACCCCGUGGCUUAUCUUCCCUGGAAUGGUGCUCCUGGCGUUUGGUGGUAUUGUUUAUAUCAUGUCCAACGUUCAGAUUUCUCACCUCUUUCCCGUCGGCGGCACUGCCGUGGUCGGGCUCCUGAGUGGAGCAUUUGAUUCUUCAGCUGGAGUGCAGGUCAUGGUCAAGGUAAUGGGCAAUAGUACAUGUUAGAUUCAUGGUAAGUGCACAGUUGUACCUUCUAGGGUCAUGGUAAUCGGACAGUUGUGUACAGGUCAUGGUAAGUGGACAGAUGUACACGCAAGGUUCAUUUGAAGUUGACAGCUGAUGAAGCUACAAUUAAGGUAAGUCAACAGUUAUCAGUGACAGCCAGGUUAAGUGACUUUUUACAGUAAAUGUACCUCUACAUUUGCAUACGAAAAUAGCUUUUUAAAAAGUGUAAUUUUUUAAAUAAAGUCAUUAAAUAAUAAUUUUCUUCAAAGUACACUUUAUAUGCACAUGGUAGUCAUAGACACAUACAUACAUGCACAUCGUUGUAAUUAUAACAUUUUGGUGAGAUAAAUUAGGACAAAGAUAUUCGUAAACGUGUAACCAGAUAGCGUUGAAAUGGUCUGGUUUUUCUCUGUACAUAACGAAGACCGUUUUAUCCGUUAAAAAAUAAUAUAAGGUUAGAAAAAUUACCAUUGCAAAGCUGGUCAAUAAUUUGUGAUUAACAUUUCUUAAGUCCAUAAUUUAAAAUAAUCAUUUGUUAAAAAAAAUUCCAUCGGCUUUGUUUAUAACAUUUGUUCUCUUGUUUUUUCAGCUUGGCUAUGAAGGUGGUGUGAGCAGAAAGACGUCAUACCUGAUUCUGGCCUUCACGCACGUUCUCACAUUCAUCUCAACCUUUUUCUUCUUACCCAAAGACUUCAUACACCAUGCGCCAGCAUCUGAAGAACUCAACAUAGAGUUAGAGCUUAAAGACACGGGUAAUCGAAAAUAACGCACUGCUCAUAGUCUCAUGUAGAUGUCACCAUUUACUAUGUGACAAUUUAAGAACGGCAGAAAAGCUGUUUCUGAACAACGAAUCAUGGAUCUAAAUAAUUACUGUAUCUUGUAAAAUCUAUAUAACUUAUUUAUAAUCCAUAAAGUUAACAAACUAAAAACGAUAUAAUCUGCAAUUUACAUUAAAUUCCAUGCGUGCACCAGGUUAUAUACCCUGUUAUUUAUUCCUCAUAUUAUUUUCUUAUUAACCCUGAAACUUACAGACGCCAAGAAAUAUCAAAUCACAGUAGAAAACCAAGAAAGGCGAGAAGAAAUUCCCGAAGUUCACGGCAAAGACGCCGAAGGAAACUUCCGCAGUCUUUUAAAAAUGAUAUUUUCGAAAACGUAUCUGCUCCACGUUUUUUGGUUUUCUGUACUCCAGCUGAGGUUCUACUACAUUCUGGGCUCUAUGAACAAAGCAUUGGAAAAACAGCUGGACUCCAAGAGUGAAGGCGAGUGAAAUAAUUUUUUAUAUUAAGGCAAGGGAUUAAAUGAGAAACAAUACCGAAGAAAAAUGUUACUUUUAUGAUUUAUAUAUAUGUACAUUUUAAUUUAAAAGUAAAUGUAUAGUUUUAAAUUUAUGUUUGUGUACAUGGAGAAAGUCAAAUUAGAAGAAAAAAUGGUUGAAUGUUGACGAUGGUGUAGACUUCGCGGGACAAAAUCCACACGGAAUGGAAUCAAUGUUCCCUCUAAGGUUUGUUGGUUUGUGUGCAAAAUCAUAAAGUUGUGUGCAAGUUUUUAAAGCAUCAAUUUUUUUGUGCGCAAAAUUUUAAAGCCUACAGACACAAACAAACACUUAAGUGGAAAUUAGCUGCGCGGUACUCAAAACUGCUGCGCGGCAUCUGUGAGAUUGCUGCGCGGCCGCGCAGCUUAAAGGAAACAGUGGAUGAUACAUCGUGUCACCUUUUGCGUCGCAGGAGUUGUCAGAAUAUUUUAUUGUACCAAUGUUAUCCGCCUACGGGACUCCAACUCCCGGUUUGAAUUUAGAGUUUCCUUCUCCUAGAUGAGUUGCCAUCCGAGGUUAACGAGUCACCUACACCCGGGAUGCUGGUGGUUGUUUUCACUUUACUGGGCUUUCGUGAGGAAAGAAUUGUGAAACAUUAACUUGAGAUUUGCUCAGUUUAGACCAGUCGGCUUUAUUUAAAUUACUAUUGUCCCCCUUAAACUGUACCGAGGCCUCCUGUCAUAUAAUGAUUAUGGUAAUAAGGGGAGAGACUGCAAUCAGGUUAGCCCAAUAUGAAAUUAUUAAAACAAAGUAAGGUUCAACCUUAAAAAGGAACGCGACAAAUAAAAUAAUUAGGACGCAUGCAUAACUCAUAAAAUAUAAACAUGCGAUAAGUGUUGACGUGAAUCUUGGGAAGAACGCUGAGUUUCAUAGCUAUUCUCUUCAAAAUGCAUCUGAAACAAAAAAAAAUAUAUUUAAAAAAAAAUUAAGUUAUGUUAAAAAUUAUUUUAGUAAUAAUUUAAAAUGGUCAAAGUUUCUUAUAAAAAGAACCCAGUUUUUAGUCUAUUGGAUAUUUGCCAUUUCAGUAAGUCACUACACAAAUAUUCUACUGUACAUACUGAUGGGUGGGGUCUUUGCUUCGCCACUCAUAGGAUUUUUUGUGGAGCUCAAUGUCAAAAUAUUUCGCAGUAAGUUCAUUUUAAUUUUAUAGCUCCUUUUAGGCCUUUGAUAUAUAUCAGAAAAUAUGUCUACCCUUUACCAUUAACAUUAAGUUAUAGAUCAUAUAAAUAAAGAAAUGAUAGGAUUAUACAUUCUAUAUUUAUAAAAUAAUGUAUAAUCCUACAUAAAAUCUAGUAUACAAAGUCUGUUUGCAAAGCAAUUAUUCACUUUGUCUUCAGCAAAGCUUUCAUUUAUGUCUUAUAGUUUUACUUUUAUUGUUGUCUUCCCACAGAAAGCAGUACCCCAUUUGGUCGUGAUGUCAUGCCGACCAUCCUUCCACUGACCUUGACCAUCCUACUGGGUAUCACCUUAUCGGUUCUGAUUCUUAUGGAGGACUCUUCUCUACUAUAUGUCAGUUUUGUCAUACUGCUACUUUUCAGAUCAUUUCUCUACACUGUCAUGACAGGCUACAUUACUAGAGUGUAAGUAUAAAAUAUUUCUCUACACUGUCAUGACUUGCUACAUUACUAGAGUGUAAGUAUAAAAUAUUUCUCUACACUGUCAUGAGUAGUUACAUUACUAGAGUGUAAAUAUAUAACAUUUCUCUACACUGUCAUGACUUGCUACAUUACUAGAGUGUAAGUAUAACAUAUUUCUCUACACUGUCACGAGUAGCUACAUUACUAGAGUGUAAGUAUAUAACAUUUCUCUACACUGUCAUGACUUGCUACAUUACUAGAGUGUAAGUAUAACAUAUUUCUCUACACUGUCACGAGUAGCUACAUUACUAGAGUGUAAGUAUAUAACAUUUCUCUACACUGUCAUGACUGGCUACAUUAUUACAGUGUAAGUUUAAAAUAUUUCUCUACACUGUCAUGACUGGCUCCAUUACUAGAGUGUAAGUAUAUAACAUUUCUCUACACUGUCAUGACUGGUUACAUUGAUAGAGUGUAAGUAUAUAACAUUUCUCUAAAAUCGUCAUGACAGGCUACAUUGCUAGAGUGUAAGUAUCUAAAAUUUCUCUACACUGUCAUGACAGGCUACAUUGCUAGAGUGUAAGUAUAUAACAUUUCUCUACACUGUCAUGACAGGCUACAGUACUAGAGUGUAAGUACAUAAAAUUUCUCUACACUGUCAUGACAGGCUACAUUGCUAGAGUGUAAGUAUAUAACAUUUCUCUACACUGUCAUGACAGGCUACAGUACUAGAGUGUAAGUAUAUCACAUUUCUCUACACUGUCAUGACUGGUUACAUUACUAGAGUGUACGUAUAUUUUUAUGAGAAUACAUUUUUUCUAACCAGUAAUCCUAUGGUCUUAUUUAUAAUUUGCUUUGUAAGUAAGAACACUGUUGUAUCCAAAUUAUGUUGCUAAAUUUCUCUACCGUCCCUCCCAUGUGCUUUCUGCAGUUGCAAAUAGUGUGCGUAUAACACAAUACUUGGGUUAAUGUUGGUUUCUAAGUUGUCUUUGGAGAAAUUGUUGUAUUUUUUCACCAUUUAGUAUCAGUUUGUUAAAGAGGUUUUCACAUUUGAUAUUUAUCGCCAGUUUAAUAAAAGUCAAAUUUAAAUUUAUGGGUGCAAUGUUCAAAUUAAGGAAUACGUAAAGGGGAAAGAAGUCAUGAUACAUUUUUGGCAAAAUAAAAAUAUAAUGUUGCCCUUUAAUUACAUCUCAAUCCAGGAUACAUUUAUCAAAAGCUUUCCUUAAAGUCUAGUUUUACAGUGGUCAUUUCAAUUAUUAUUAGUUUUUUUAUAGUAAAAGACGAAACAUCUUCUAUUGCAAAAUAGAUAUUAAAAGAUCACUCUUCAGAGGUCACACUUCAGUGGUCACACUUAAAUGGUCAUACUUUAAUGGUCACACUUCAAUGGUCACACUUAAAUGUCACACUUUAAUGGUCACACUUCAGUGGUCACUCUUCAGUGGUCACACUUAAAUAGUCACACUUUAAUGGUCACAUUUCAGUGGUCAUACUUCAGUGGUCACUCUUCAGUAGUCACACUUAAAUGGUCACACUUUAAUGGUCACACUUUAAUGGUCACAUUUCAGUGGUCACACUUCAGUGGUCACUCUUCAGUGGUCACACUUAAAUAGUCACACUUUAAUGGUCACACUUUAAUGGUCACAUUUUAGUGGUCAUGCUUCAAUGGUCACAAUUAAAUGGUCACACUUCAGUGUUCACAAUUAAAUGGUCACACUUUAAUGGUCACACUUAAAUGGUCACAUUUUAGUGGUCAUACUUCAAUGGUCACAAUUAAAUGGUCACACUUUAAUGGUAACACUUCAGUGGUCACAAUUGAAUGGUCACACUUCAGUGUUCACAAUUAAAUGGUCACACUUUAAUGGUCACACUUCAGUGGUCGCAAUUAAAUGGUCACACUUUAAUGGUCACAUUUCAAAUUAAGUUACAAAGAACAUUGUACGUAUUAUUUAGAAAAAAAUAUGUUAUAUAGUAAGUCAUUCUCGGGAGUAUUCACUAAAAAAAACCACACGCACGCACACACACACAUACACACAUGCAUACACACACACACACACAUACGCUAACACACACAUACACACAUGCACACACACACACACAUACGCUAACACACACAUACACACAUGCACACACGCACACACACAUACACAUACGCAAACACACACAUACACAUACGCAAACACACACAUACACACACGCACACACACAUACACAUACGCUAACACACACAUACACACACGCACACACACAUACACAUACGCUAACACACACAUACACACACGCACACACACAUACACACACGGACAUACACACAUAUGCGUGCACACACACACACAUACCAGCAUAAAUUAUGAGUAUUGAGCUUUUAUCAUUAUAAAAAAGCUCGACUUGUGACCAGUCUGUUGGGUGGGUGUGUGUGUGUGUGUGAGUGUGUGUGUGAGUGUGUGUGUGUGUUUGUGUGCAUUAUAAUUUUUAAUUCAUAAUAUUAGUGAUUUUUAAACUUAGUUUGUGUUCGAACUGACAGUCAUUAGCUUCAUUACAUGCUUUAAUGUGCGCUCUUCACUGACCAUUUACUAUCAAAAGGUGUCCCUUUCUUUCCUGACACGGUGUAUAUAUGCAACCAGUUACAAGUUGAUUCUAAAUUAACUAAAUUUUACAAGCCCCGUCACUAUUUUCAUGUUUGAGAUAUCCAUUUGUAGCACUCUGUACAACGAUGAUACCAAGGUUCUUGUUUUUUUUAAUAUAACAGAUAUUAUGGUCAUUUCUAAUUGUUUGAAAUUUUCCAGUUUCCCGAGUGCUUACUUUGGCAGCCUGCUAGGCUUGUGUAUUUUAGCAGCUGGUGUCAUUGGACUGUUACAACAUGCGCUGUUUGAGUGGGCUGAGCUGAGGAACACUAGAGAAGUAAGUCACUAGCCAUAAAGUUGGCUGAGCUGAUGGACGUUAGAGAAGUAAGUCACAAGUCAUUAAGUGGGCUGAGCUAAGGGAAACUAGAGAAUUAAGUCACAAAGUCAUUAAGUGGGCUGAGCUAAGGGAAACUAGAGAAUUAAGUCACAAAGUCAUUAAGUGGGCUGAGCUAAGGGACGCUAGAGAAGUCACAAGUCAUUGAUCUACAAUUUUACUUUAAAACCAUGAAAAAAGAUCGUGACUGAAAAAUCAUGAAGUUGUUCCUAAACUUGAUGAUUACUUUUGGUAACUAAGGAGUUCUUUGAUUGGCUGAUAACUAUUGGUAACUGAGGAGUUCUUUGAUUGGCUGAUAACUAUUGGUAACUAAGGAGUUCUUUGAUUCGCUGAUAACUAUUGGUAACUAAGGAGUUCUUUCAUUGGCUGAUAACUAUUGGUAACUAAGGAGUGCUUUGAUUGGCUGAUAACUAUUGGUAACUAAGGAGUUCUUUCAUUGGCUGAUAACUAUUGGUAACUAAGGAGUUCUUUCAUUGGCUGAUAACUAUUGGUAACUAAGGAGUGCUUUGAUUGGCUGAUAACUAUUGGUAACUAAGGAAUUCUUUGAUUCGCUGAUAACUAUUGGUAACUAAGGAGUUCUUUGACUGGCUGAUAACUAUUGGUAACUAAGUAUUUCCUUGAUUUAAUAAUUACUUUUGAACGUUAAGAUGCGUAUGAUUUAUUUUCAUUGUAACAAAAUGUUGAUUCAUUUCCGGGUAAAAAUUUUACUAAGGCAAUUUAUGUCUUGUAUAAGGCAUAAGUUUGGGAAUACAUUGAAAUUCCUUUAUCUUUAGUUAACAGAACACCAAAGCAGGACAUUUGAUACAGUUUUGAUUGAAAGAAAUCUUUGAAUAAGUUGCUUGUAGUUAGACUACCAGUUUUAAAAGGGUGUACGAAAAAAAGAGAGAUUUUUUCAGAUUUCAUCAAAAUACUGACGGAAUGUUCAAGAAGAUACUGAGAAUAACAUUUUAUAAUAAUUUGUUUCUCAUAAUUAAUAACACACAAAAUACUUUUAAAGCGUGCAAGUUGUAUAAAACAUAAAAGGAAAAAACAAAGGAACAAUCAUACGAACGUUAGACCAUAACAACAAGAAACAAUCAUAAGCGAUCAUCAGCAAACACAACAACAAGAAACAAACAUAAGCGAUCAUCAGCAGACACAACAACAAGAGACAAACAUAAGCAAUAAUCAACAUAUUUAAAAAAGAAAAAAUAUAAGCGAUCAUCAGCAGGCACAACAAGAAAAAAAACAUGAGCGAUUAUCAGCAGACACAACAACGAGAAACAAAACAUAAGGGAUCAUCAGCAGACACAACAACAAGAAACAAACAUAAGCGAUCAUCAGCUGACACAACAACAAGAAACAAACAUAAGCGAUCAUCAGCAGACACAACAACAAGAAACAAACAUAAGCGAGCAUCAGCAGACACAACAACAAGAAACAAACAUAAGCAAUCAUCAGCAGGUACAACAACAAGAAACAAACAUAAGCAAUCAUCAGCAGACACAACAAGAAACAAACAUAAGCAAUCAUCAGCAGACACAACAACAAGAAACAAACAUAAGCAAUCAUCAGCAGACACAACAACAAGAAACAAACAUAAGCGGUCAUCAGCAGACACAACAAGAAACAAACAUAAGCGAUCAUCAGCAGACACAACAAGAAACAAACAUAAGCAAUCAUCAGCAGACACAACAACGAGAAACUAACAUAAGAGAUCAUCAGCAGACACAACAACAAGAAACUAACAUAAGAGAUCAUCAGCAGACACAACAACAAGAAACCAACAUAAGCGAUCAUCAGCAGAUACAACAACAAGAAACAAACAUAAGCGAUCAUCAGCAGACACAACAACAAGAAACAAACAUAAGCGAUCAUCAGCAGACACAACAAGAAACAAACAUAAGCAAUCAUCAGCAGGCACAACAACGAGAAACAAACAUAAGCGAUCAUCAGCAGGUACAACAACAAGAAACAAACAUAAGCAAUAAUCAACAUAUUUAAAAAAGAAGAAAUAUAAGCGAUCAUCAGCAGGCACAACAACAUAAAAAUAACAUAAGUGAUCAUCUGCAGAUACAACAACAAGAAACAAACAUAAGCGAUCAUCAGCAGAUACAACAACAAGAAACUAAGAUAAGCGAUCAUCAGCAGACACAACAACAAGACACAAACAUAAGCGAUCAUCAGCAGACACAACAACAAGACACAAACAUAAGCGAUCAUCAGCAGACACAACAACAAGAAACAAACAUAAGCGAUCAUCAGCAGACACAACAACAAUAAAGAAAAGAGAAUUAGAACAAUUGUCAGCUUUUCAGCUUUUUUAACAAAUAUAUAGUAUCCAUGAUUUACAAUGUAUUCAUCCAAUUAGAUGGAAUAUUGUGUCUCUGGAGGUACAAAAAAUAUAAUGUUAAAUGCUAUGGCGAUGUUAUAGAUAAGAGAAGAAUAACCAUUAGAGAUAAGAGAAGUGAAGAAUGGCCAGCAAAUGUUUACUAAUUGAUACAUUUCUGGUACACACUUGAAGAAAAGAAAGAGAGAACAUUGUAAAAUCUCCUGCACAGCAAGAGAACUUAACUGUUGCUUUAAUUACAACGCUUACAUAGAGAAACGUAUGGUUUUAUUUUAAGGUAAUAUAACAACCAUCCUCCCAGCCUUAUGGGCGUGAUAACAAUGUUCAACGUAACGUUGACAAGAGUUUUUUCUAUUAUAGUCAUGUUAUUAUUUUUUUUUACUUGUUGUUGUGUCUUUAACUAAAUGUUUCAAAAAUAGAUGAUCUGAAAUUUGAAAGAAAAGUCUUAAGUUUAAAAAUAAAUUGUAAAAAAUCAAUAUAUAAUACAUUUCUCGAUACAAUUAAUGUUGUGCAUUGCCAAAAUAUCUUCUACCCCCGUUCUGACUGUCAUUUAUAAUUCACUUAGAAAGGUUGAAUGAAUAUGUGUACUUUAUACUUGGCCAGGUGAACAUAUUUCUCAUUGUCCUUGUGUGUACAUCGUUCGUGCACCCGGCCUGGCAGUGGUACGCUUGCACUAAAGCCAAAAAGAACUAAACAGUACCCGACCCUCUCGGAGUUGCGGCCCACUUGUUUUAACGUUGGGACGUCAUCACCUGGAUUCCAAACAUCCAUUUCCUUCCGUAACGAGAUGGAGGAGUACAAGGAAUUUUUUUAUACAUUAAAUGUAAAAACUCUAAUAAUACGUUUCAACUAUUUAUUAAAAUUCAAAAUGCGCAUUUAAUUAAACAAUCCCUCACAACAAAGAUUUUCCUAUAAAUCCUUGAUACAAUGUAAUAUCGAGCAAUUUAGAGAAGGGGUGCUGAAAGUGUGACAAAACAUGCAUGCAACUCUAAUUAGGGCCCCCUACCCAGGGCUCGCAACCGCACAUUUUGUCAUGCCUCUGAACUCUAUUCAUAUUCUAAUAGAUUAAUAAGACACGAACAUUUAUAUUCUAAUAGAUUAAUAAGACACGAACAUUCAUAUUCUAAUAGAUUAAUAAGACACGAACAUUCAUAUUCUAAUAGAUUAAUAAGACACGAACAUUCAUAUUCUAAUAGAU